AUGAGUCCCAGGAACUCAGACGAGGAGCGCAUCGCCUUCCUUGACCACACUUCCUUUGACGGCAAGGCUGGCGACGAUGUCUUGGACGAGAUUGUCUUGAAAAGACCCAGCUCGCCUCGGCGUGUGCCCCAUCGAGUGAAGAAAUGGUUGCGAUCACGACCACGCGUCCUCCGACGCAGCGUUCUCCGACACCCUGUGCAGUCUCUUCUCGCGACCCUCAAGAUCCUCAUCAUCUUCAUCAUCGUCCUCUUCGUAGCCACGCCGAUCCUCGCGCCCUCCUACACACGACUACCCCCACACUACAGCGAGCUGAAAGCACGAUGCGAGGGCCCCGAUGCGCCCUCCGGCUGCGCGAACCCGUUCCACGAGAAGAUAUUCAUAUCCGUCAGUUUAUAUGACAGAGAAGGGCACUUGGCAGGAGGUCGUUGGGGCGAGACGGUGCUGGAGUUGAUCCAGAUGCUGGGGCCCGAGCACACGUUCCUGAGCAUCUACGAGAACGACAGCCCGGGCGGCGAGGCGGCGCUGCAGGAGUUCAAGAGCAAGGUCCCAUGCGCGCACGAGAUUGUGUACGACCCACACGUGCCGCUGGCGGGCUUUGGAAAUAUCACCAUGCCGGAUGGGACCGAGCGGAUGAAGAGGCUGUCGUACCUGUCCGAGAUGCGGAAUCGCGCGUUGAAACCGCUAGAUAGGUUCAGGAAGGAGGAGGGCGUGGUCGAAUUCGACAAGGUGCUGUUUUUGAACGACGUUGCUUUUCACCCCAUCGAUGCGAUGCAGCUGCUGUUCAACACGAACCUAGGCCCCGACGGCCGCUCCCAGUACUUGUCCGCUUGUGCCCUCGACUACAAGAACCCAUUCCUGUUCUAUGACCUGUACGCCCAGAGAGAUGCGGAGGGAUACUCCAACGGUGUGCCGAUCUUCCCGAUCUUUACGACGGCAGGGAAUGCGACCUCGCGGGCGGCUAUGCUUGCGCAGAGCGACGCGGUCCCGGUAACUUCUUGCUGGAGUGGCAUGGUCGCCAUGCAGGCAGAAUACGUGCAGAACAUGAACGAGACUCUGCCGUUCCCUGAGUUCCAGACCAUCGGCGCCCACGACAUCGAUCCCGACAACCCGGUACCGAUUGAAGCACCGGUGCGAUUCCGAUACGAGCCCGAGGUUUUCUUCGACGCAUGCGAGUGCUGCCUGUUCUUGGCCGACGUCUCGACAGCAGCGCGCAAGGACAACGCAGCCGAGCAGGGCGUGUUUGUCAACCCGUACGUGCGUGUCACCUAUGAGGAGUCGACGCUCAAGUGGGUUUCGGCUAUCAAGCGGUGGGAGAGGCUGUUGGCCAUCCCGCACCGCAUCAUAUCCUACUUUGCCGGCCUGCCCAGGAACAACCCGUACCGCGAGGUGCGCGAGGGCGAGCCGUUCGUCGAGGAGAGGUGGAACGUGGACGACAACGACUGGGAGCUGGUCAACCGCACGGGCCGGAGCGGGAUGUUCUGCGCGGUCCGGGAGAUGCAGCUCAUCCAGGUCGCGGAGAGGACGGACGAUAUUAAUUGGCAGAAUGUGGCCAUGCCGGCAGGCCAGAGGCUCAACUUCCCGACCUAA